GAAAGCCCGUGUUGUCAGUCGGAACAUACUCCGCGGCGGACCCAAAGACACACAACACGUAUGAGAGAUGUCGUAUUUUUAAAUUAAUGUAGAUUAAUGUAGAUUAAUGAUUAAUGUAAUGUUAAUGUAGAUAGUUAAUUUUUUGUCUUCUAAUUUAUUUAAGAAGACAAACUGGUUUAGCAAUAUAUUACAGCAUCCAAAAUGCAGUUUACAAAGUAACAUAUCCGUUUGCUCAUUAUAAUUUGUAUGAAAGAUUCCCAUCAUCUGAAGUGUGGAGCACCCUGAUGCUGACUGUACAUGUCUGCAGAUAUCUCCAAGGCAUAAAGGCUUGUGCUGUUUCACCUCUGGCUCGUCUGUUUACCUGCACUCAUACCAUGGCCAAGAGCAAGUUUGAAUAUGUGCGUAACUUUGAAGUCGAUGACACCUGUCUGAGAAACUGCUACAUCGUUGUGCGACUGGAUGGCCGCAGCUUCCACAAGUUUGCGGAGCAGCACAAGUUCAUCAAGCCGAAUGACAACAGGGCUCUGGAACUUAUGAUUCGCAGUGCCCGCUCGGUCAUGGAGGAACUAGAGGAUAUCAUCAUUGCAUAUGGACAAAGUGAUGAGUUCAGUUUUGUUUUCAAGAGAACCUCCACCUGGUUCAAGAGGAGAGCGAGCAAGCUUAUGACUCACGUUACCUCACAGUUCUCAUCCUCUUAUGUAUUUUACUGGAAAGAGUUUUUUGGGGAGCAGCCCCUCCUCUACCCCCCAGGAUUUGAUGGUCGUGUGGUGCUGUAUCCCAGCAACCGCAACCUCAAAGAUUACCUGAGCUGGAGGCAAGCAGACUGUCACAUAAAUAAUUUGUACAACACAGUGUUUUGGACUUUAGUACAGAAAAGUGGACUUACUACAACCCAGGCGCAGGAUCGCCUAAAAGGAACGUUAGCUGCUGGCAAAAAUGAGAUCCUGUUUUCAGAGUUUGACAUUAACUACAACAAUGAACCUGCCAUCCAUAGAAAGGGCACCACCCUCAUCUGGGAAAAGCAAGAUGAAACUUUGACCAAACAAAUGAAUUUAGCAAAUGAUGAGAAGAAGGACGUGCUUGUGACUCGGACCAGGAAGAGCGUGCAGGCCUACCACUGUGACAUCAUAGGAGAACAGUUUUGGGAACAACACCCAGACGUUCUGGAGAAUGAUGGCUGCUAACACGUCCUGUUAAUGAACUGACAAUGAGAAUAAUGGACCCAUGUUAGCCAUGACACAAACCACACAUUACCAAUAGUCCUUAGUUUGUAAAAUCAAGCCAACACAUUUUUAUUAUGAUAAGCAAGCAUAUACAGAAUCUGUAUUGAACCCAUCAUGAAGUAUCUGAGGAGGCCUCGUCGUCAAGCUCAUUGGUCCCAGACCAAAUUUUUAAGCAGUCGCCCACAGGUUUUUCUGGCCUCAUACAAUAAAAAAAAAAAAUCACAAAAGUGAGAUCCAAUAAAAACUUUUACACAGUGUAUUUAUAAUUUAUAUUUACAAUUGCACGGUGUCAUACUGAGAUCCUAUUCUAAUGUUUUACCCUUCAUCCAUCCAUCCAUUUUCUAUGCCGUUUUCCCUUACUCGGAUCGCGGGGGUAUGCUGGAGCCUAUUACAUGACUGCUAACUACAGCCACAAUAUUAAACAUAUUGAAUGAAACCUUUCUAACAGUAUCAAUACAACUGAGCAUUAUGAUAUUUACGAAGACAACGUUUUUUUGUACAGCUUUUGUUUUUUAUGUUCAUGCUGGUGUACCUAGUAAGUGGCCGACGAUUUUAGUACAUUGGUGAGCAGGACACACUGAACACUUUGUUGAGAAAAAUAUAAAGUAUUGAUUUACAUCCCCUGUUAUUUGUAUAAUUGUGGGUUUCUUUUUCAAUGUAAAGUGUGUGUGGAUGAGUCUGUUACUGUUAACCAUAUGAGGUUAUUGUGGGUAGCAGUACGGAGAGGAUAGUUUUUUCAUGAAAAUUAAAAUUUGGAAAAUUAUGAAAACUAGAAGAAGCUGGUAAAGAAUGGCAAAAUAUGGACUUUUCCGGUGAAAACUGGAAGGUUGAAAGCAGUGACUUACGGUCAGGGAAGGCAGAACCUUAUACUGUAUGUCCAUUGAACUGUUAUAUUUAUUUUCUGCAUUAUUCCAGUUGAUUUGAACAUUUCCUUGCCAGCGUUUUUUAUUUUAUGAUCAAACUUUUACAACAAAAUAUCAGAACCUUUCCUGGAGUGUAUUUCAUGUACAGGUGAAAGAUAAGAACACAAAUGUUUGUUAGUUAAUACAAAAUAAAUACACGGUUAAGAAGUAUCUGAAAUUUUUUUUAACCAAAGUAAAUUAGUCUCUUCUUUUUUUUUGUGAUCGUCUAAAUGAACAAUCUGUAUUAACAUUAAAAAAAACUCCAAAGGAAUCAGUGCCUCACCAGCCAUCACCCUCACCGCAUGUCCUUUGUUGAAAGGUAUGUCGGAGUCUUACCUCUUUGAACGAAUGUUGUGUGGUUUUGAAACGACUGACAAUUGAACAAUUCCUUUUUUACAUGAAGUAUCGUGUUAACACGUUCGACUUUAAACUUUUGCCUCCUUGUGUCUGUGCAGCAGCCUUCCUUUCAAGUGAGUCGUCUGCAGGGAAAAAGGUGGCAUUGUGAGGGAUUAUCCUUAAAUGUUGAAUUUCAAGUCCUGUCUUGCCGUUAGUCGUGCAGUGUACCGGAUGAGUGACAAUGAUCUCACAGUUAAAGUGCAGUUGUAAGUAGUUUUCA